UCUCCCACCACUGUGAUACGCUGACGAAAAUGUGCAGUCACUUCUGUAUGCGUACUGUUUUUUCACUUUUACUUUUGCUUUCUAAUUUAAUAUUUUUUAGCAGGGAAGGGAAGAGGAGAGAAAUAGGGAGCAAGGGCUACAAGCGCCAAACCCUGUUAGAGCCUAUUCCACUAGGAGCUUAACUUCUUUUAGGGAUCUAUAUAAGGGUGCGUCUUUGUAAAAUAUUUUUUGAUACAACAGCUGGGCUUCCCUGCACACAUUUAUGGAUUUAAAUUCAACCCCAGGAAAUGUGUAGUUUGAUGUAGCGAGUAUACUUCUUAGGUGGUCUGAGGAUACGUCAUAGUGUUUUUCCAUCUUUGGUGUCCAAAAACGGAAUAUUUUUUUUAACGAUAUUACUUGCUUACAUGAUUAUCGGGUAAUCACAUCUUCUAGCUUUACUCUCUUGGCAGUUUUUUUCUGGAAAGCUAUAACCUUAAAGACCUAAAAAUGAGGCUUAAAAAUCAGAGGAUUCUAAAAAUGAUCUCAAUCCUAUCAGUGACCCUGUUGUUGCUAAAUUGUCUAGGACGAAGGACAAACUGUCCUCAUAAGGAAGAGCUGGACUUGAAUCACUUACUAAAGCAAGACGUUGGAGAACUACAAGCUUGUUCUGCUAUUAUCCAUGGAGACAUGGAUGGAGUUGACAAGGAGGUUUUCAGAAAGAUUCUGGCCUCUAAAAAAAGAAAAUCUCUGCUUUCCGAGUCAUUCUACCUCAACGCAACCGAGGAUUGUCCAUCCUACAUUAAAGACAGAGGAUUUCUGACGUUUUUUCUCAGUAAAGAGGAGAAAGAUUUUCCCAUUGCUUACUCCAUGGUGAUCCAUGAGAAGAUCGAGAUGUUUGAAAGGCUCUUGAGAGCCAUUUACGCUCCUCACAACGUGUACUGUGUUCAUGUGGACCAGAAGUCUCCCGAGAUCUUUAAAGAAGCAGUAAGAGCCAUCACGUCCUGCCUGACCAACGUGUUUGUGGCCAGCAAACUGGAGAGUGUGAUCUACGCCUCCUGGUCUCGAGUUCAAGCGGACAUCAACUGCAUGAAGGAUCUGCUGAAGUCACCUGUUCAGUGGAGGUAUCUGCUCAACACCUGUGGCACUGAUUUUCCAAUUAAAACCAAUGCAGAAAUGGUCCAGUCUCUAAAAUGCCUAAACGGAAAGAACAGUUUGGAGUCUGAGAUUGUAGAAGCCAAAAACUGGCGUUGGCAGUAUCAUCACAAUGUUACAAACGUUGUGACUCAGACAGACAUCAAAAAGUCACCUCCACCAAUAAAGACCCCCAUGUUCUCAGGAAAUGCCUACUUUGUGGUUUCAAGAGAGUUUGUGGAGCACAUCUUCAGAAGCAAAGAGAUUCAAAACUUCAUGGAAUGGGAGAAAGACACGUACAGUCCAGAUGAGCACAUGUGGGCUACGUUACAGCGAAUGCCUUCAGUACCAGGAUCCAAUCCUCCAAACAUCAAGUAUGCGCAAUCGGACAUGAACGCAAUUGCUCGUCUGGUGAAGUGGAGCUACCAUGAAGGAGAUCUAAAGAAUGGGGCUCCCUACCCACCAUGCACUGGAAUAUACAGACGGGCAGUGUGUGUCUAUGGAGCUGGGGACUUGAAAUGGAUUGUGAGGCAACACCAUCUUUUGGCAAACAAGUUUGACCCAGAAGUAGAUGAUGUAGCAAUCAAAUGCAUGGAAGCAUUUUUAAGGUACAAAACUAUUUAUGGUCGAUCAUUAGUAAAAGUUCUACAACCAGACAUUAUUUUAUGAUGUUUUUAAUAAUAGGUUCAAAAUCUAUCUGUAUAUUUUUGAAAAUAUUACAGGAAUCUUGUAAUGGAUAUGACUGUACAGUAAGUGUAAUAGAAAGUAUAAUAUAAACAUUUAUGUAUCCUAAGAUGGUCAUAAUAUUAGUAGGAUGGUGGAAACUAACAAAUUUUUGUACAUAUAUAUAUUUUUAGACAUGAUCAGAAAUGAUCAACCAAUAAUUACUUGCGUGAUCAGUGUGUGAUAUUGUGCUAUGACAUAAAAAAUGAACAUUUAUGUAAAUACAUAAUGUAUCUAUAAAAAUAAAAAUAGAAUAUGAUUUUA